AACCUCGAAACCUUUACAUUCAGUGAUUCACAAACCUCAAUAUUGACUAAACCCAUCUUCAAAAAACCACUCUUUGUCUCUGACCCUGACCUGUCUGCUUUGCUUAUCUUCACUUUCCAAUAAGAUUCCCAUUCCUUCCAAACACUUCCACGCUUCUUUUCCCUUUCUGGGUUUCAAUGGGUUCAUGUCAUUCUUCCUUUCCUUAAUUGGGUUCAUCAGUUUUGCUUCCAAGUUUGAACCUUUUUUUCCCGCCCAGUAAUUCUACGUUGUUGUUCUUGUUGUUGCUGUUGAGAGUUUUGGGUUUUGAGAAUUGAAGUAAUGAGUGGAGUUGAAGUGAUUAAGAGCAAGGGAUGUUCUAGAUUGUCUGGUGGGUUAUCUUCUCCGUUGCCUUCGUUUAAAGUUCAGAAAGCUUUUGGACCAAUGUCUGCGGCAGCCAACUCUACUGGGUCUGAGACGGUGGUCCGAUCAAAGGCACCGUUUUCCGGGCUUGUUAUAUGUGUUACUGGGUUGUCCAAAGAAGCGAGGAAACAAGUGAUGGAAGCAAGUGAGAGGUUGGGUGGGCAGUAUAGCCCUCAUUUGCAUCCCCAGUGUACCCAUUUGGUUGUCCAAAUAUCCUUUAGCUUUGGUGGUCGCAAAUUUGAGCAUGCUUUGAAGCAUGGAUCGAAAAAUGGCCUCUCAAUUGUUACGAUUGGGUGGUUUGUGGAUAGUGUUAGGAAGAAUGUGAGGCUGAGUGAAUCACUCUAUAGUAUCAAGAGUUUGGGACAGAAUGGUGUUCGUUUGGAUGAAUUGAAUAAGGUUGUUGGGUUUUCUGGUACGGAAAAUUCUUGUCUUCCUGUUGGUGCUCAUGGAACCAAGCAGUUAAGCACGAUUGAAGAACCACAAUUCUCUGGUAGAGAGACUAACUGUAACAGAAGUUCUGAUGCCACUCUAUCUGGUCACUCCAUGUAUGUGGACUUGGAUAUAUCAGCUGAUCUGAGAAACAAGGUUAUUCAGGCUGCUAGUAGAGAGGGUGCCACUUUCCUAGAUCAAUGGUUUGUUGGUUGCCGAGCCAGUCAUGUGGUGUGCGAAGGGUCUUCUAGUCGUAAAUAUCUUGGUCACUCGAGCAAUAUUGUUACACCGCUGUGGGUUCUGAAGACAGUGAAGGAGAAGUAUGUGCAAAGACUUGUGCAUAUGUCUGCAGAUUUGGCCAGGCAAGUUGGUAUAGUGCUUGAAGAUUUGCAGAAUAAAAUCGCAGAUGAGGAAGCAACUGUGCAAAAUGUCUCUGAAGAUGCUCCGAUUUACAGAAAUAAAGUAACACUUGAAAAGAGGCAAAAGAUUGUAAGUUCUGCUAAAACUGGGGUUAGAAAUCGCCGUGGUCUUCGAAUGCAGACUUGUCAAACCCCGAUAUGUCCAAUAACUCCCGGCAGCCUUCUGGAUUCUAUUUGCUGGUCAAUCUCAGAGCCAACUUCGGCGGCAUCACUCUACUCGGAGACUUUCAGUUCUGAAGAUGUUGAUGAACAUCAAACAUCUGUAUUCUUUGAUGCAAAAGGUGAUGGCAAAGAUUCAGAAGCAUCAUUUGCCAACUUAACUAGACCACUCAAGGAAAGUGAGAAAUCGGAAUUAAUAUUUAAAAACCAUUUUCUUACCAUCCUGUUCCCAAUUGACCGAUUUGCUGAGAUGGGACCAUCCUCCAGAACGUUAUUCAGCAAUGAUGGGUUUACAUGCUUGCAGGUUUUAGAUCACAUUUAUGCAUUUUACCAGGAGAGCAUGUCAGUCCAUGAAAUAGAGGCGGCAAUUCACACGGACUCCAAGCACGCAGAUCGACUUCGAUCAGUGUAUGCAAGUAAAGAAACAGCUGAACGUGGUUACGUGAUUUUCAAACGGAUCGACUUCUUAGGGAGCCGCAGAAGUUUUGAAAUGUUGAAGCGUGUUAACGGGGACAACAACAGUAAUGUGUAUGAGUUGUUACUCAGAGCCUAAAAUCAUCUUACAAUAUAUCUAUGGUAAAACCCUCCAUCUCACUUGAUGGAGCUCAGAAACUGGAUUUGAUACUGAUCUCAAGGAGAUAGCCAGCUAGUACACCGAGUACUCAAUUAUUUAUAGGAGUGCUGGACUUUGUGUGCAUGUUUGGUACCCCGUACCAGUGUGAGCCACUCUAUUAUUAAUACUCAGCCUACUCUCAAUUG